AUGGACAAGUCUUGGAUAAAGGCAGAUAGAGAUUCCUUACAGUAUGAAAUUGGUGUAGAAAAUUUCUUGAUUUUCGCGGAGGAAAAUGCUAAAAACCCAAAGAAGAUACGUUGCCCCUGUUCACGUUGUGCUAACUUCAAAAAAACUUCUGUCAAUGCAAUCAGGGGUCAUCUAUAUGAAUCUGGGUUUAGUUUAGGGUAUUUGGAUUGGAUUUGGCAUGGGGAAGAGGUUGGUAACUUUAUUAACUCACAUGCGGGUAGUUCUUGCCCUGCUAAAAUUCCAACACACGUUAGCGAAACGGUUAAAGUAUGUGAAGCAGCCUAUAAUGAUGGAGAAUGCGAUAAUGAAUCAGAUGACUUUAUGAGGUUUGUUUCCGAUGCGGAACAACCUCUUUUUGAGGGAAGUGAGUGCACCAAACUAGAGUUAGUCUUGAAAUUACAUAAUUGGAAGGCUAGGUUUGGAGUUAGUGAUAAGGCCUUCAAUGAUCUUCUUGAAUCUGUUGGCUCGUUUCUUCCUAAAGGUAAUGUGCUUCCGCCAAAUAUGUAUGAAGCGAAGAAAACCUUGACUGAUUUAGGACUUGAGUAUGUUAAAUUCCAUGCUUGUCCAAAUGACUGUGUAUUAUACAGGGGUCCAGUUCUCGAGUCUUUAGAUGAGUGUCCAAAGUGCCAAAUUUCUCGCUGGAAAAUUGCAAAAGACGAUAAAGUUAGGAUUAACGUUCCAGCAAGAGUUAUGUGGUAUUUUCCGAUAAUCCCCAGAUUCAAACGGCUUUUUAAAUCUGCUGAUACUGCUAAAUUAAUGAGUUGGCAUGCGAAUAAUCGAUCUAAAGAUGGAAAGAUGCGUCAUCCAUCUGAUUCCCCUUCUUGGAGAAAUGUAGAUAGUAGGUGGCCUGAGUUUGGAAGUGAGGACAGAAAUAUACGCUUAGGAUUAGCGACAGAUGGUAUAAAUCUAUAUAAUAAUGGAUUAAACAAUCGGUACAGCUGUUGGCCAGUUAUGUUAGUAACAUAUAAUCUUCCUCCAUGGUUAUGCAUGAAGAGGAAGUUUAUGAUGUUAACAACAUUGAUUUCUGGCCCGCACGAGCCUGGAAAUAAUAUUGACAUAUAUCUACAGCCAUUAAUCGAUGAUUUAAAAAAAUUAUGGGAGGAGGGUGAACCAAAUGUUUAUGAUGCACAUAGUAAAUCCUAA